AUGGCUUCUUCAGAACUCGCUCAACUUAUUCCACCCGACUCAUGGGAUUCGCAUAUGCAUAUUGUUGAUGUUGAGAACUACGCUCUCGACCCCUCAGCAACAUACCGCCCAACCUCGCACUCUCUUGAGCAGGCCCUUGACUUUGAAACUAGCGUGGGUCUCCGAAACAUCGUUCUUGUUCAGCCAUCUAUUUAUGGCUUGAAUAAUUCGUGUUUGCUUGAUGGUCUGCGGACUCUUGGUUCUGAGCGUGGAAGGGGAGUCGUUGCAAUCGACCCUAAAGCCUUUGAUGCCGAUGAGCUCCGCAGGUGGCAUGAGUUGGGCGUGCGUGGUGUGAGACUCAACCUGCAGUCAGUUGGGGCAGAAAUGGAUGCCGACGAAUUAGAGCAGCAGUUGACAUUGUAUGCCGAUGCUGUAAGACCAUUGGGUUGGGUCGUCCAAGUUUACGUUCCCAUGAAGAUGAUCGAAAUCCUCGAGUCUAUCAUCCCAAAACUCAACAUCAAGUUCUGCAUCGACCAUCUGGGACAGCCACCACUGAAAGACCAACAGGGUGUCGAUAUGUAUGACUUGCCGGGCUUCCCAUCUUUAGCUCGCCUGCUCAAGGGUGGUCUUACCUAUGUCAAAUUGUCAGCCCCUUAUCGCAUCGCCGCUCUAUCUGAUUAUAGCGAUCUGGAUCCCCUCGCCAAAGAAGUAAUUCGCAUUGCAGGCAAUACCCAUGUCGUUUUCGCAACUGAUUGGCCUCAUACACGGUUCGAGGGUCUCGAUAUCAGGCCAUGGAUGGAGAAAGUAGUUGGUUGGUGUGGUGAGGAUGAGCAUCUCAAAGAACGGCUAUUCAGAGGAAACGCAGAAGAUCUGUGGGAUGUUAAAAGAUCGCCAAGAGCAUAA